CAAAAGCAAAAAUCUCUUAAGAUAAAUUAAAAAAAAAAAAAAAGAAAAAAAUAUAUAUAUAGUGUAUAUUGUUAAAAAAUGUGUUGUGUUAUCGAUAUCAGUUUGAAAUAAAUCAGCUACAGUCGUGACUUUCGUUACGUUACGUUGCAUUACGUUUUCGCUUACGCUUACGUUCCAUUAAAUUUCCCUCGUUCCCCGUUUACGUUGAAAUUCAUUUCCCCCUUCUUUCUGCUGCCAUGUGUCGAUCAACAGCAUAAAGCAACGUAACGAGUUCUUGGUUUGGUUGACAGUCUGGCAACGCCAUUGCCCUUUGAAGUGAGAAAGCAUUUUUGAUUCAUGCCGUUAGCCGCAGAGCGCAGAGACGAGCCGUCGAGCAGUUGCCAGGAUACGGUUAGAGCUUCGCAGCUGACGCUGAGGCAGCUGAAACAGCUGAAGCAGGCGAAAAUCGACACGACACACGACAUAUUAAUGAUGAUGAUGGGGCCAUGAGCCCAUCAUUUAUCGCAUUGAAUUGGAGUCGCAAGCGCGUCUCAAGCGGGCCUGCACCAUGCUAGCACCGCCGAACCCGAGGUCAAUAUGCGGCCAGGACCCGGGCUGGUCGUGAUGGCGCUUGCGUUUAUUUCGGGGGCUCGGCGUGCCAGCACCACCAAUACCAUCAGCAGCGGCAGCAGCAGCAGCAGCAGCCGUUCGAUAACAACACCAAUAACAACAACAACACCAGGAACAACAACAACAGGAAUAGGAACAGACGCAACAACACAAUCGGCAACUCACUUACCGUCCAGCUACGAUUCGACCAGCAGUGGAGAAGCUGUUGGUGGCGGCUUCUCAUAUCUGCUGCCAGGAUUGCACGACGGUAGCCCCGGUGACGCCCCCGCCCACAUCUUGCCGUUGCUCCAAUUUGAUUAUUAUCAGCGGCGGCCCGCAUUGCAUCCGCCAGACGAAACGGUGCGGCGCGCUCGAAGUCUCGAAAGGGGCAGAGGCACCGAGGCGACGGCGACGGCGGCGGGGGCGCCGGAGUCCAGUGAGGCAACGCUCAUUAGCGAGAGAGACGAGGAGCAGGAGCAGGAACAGGAACAGGAACAGGAGCAGGAGCGGGAACAGGAGGAGGAGCAGGAGGAUAGUAGUGGACUGCCGGUGCAAUACGCGUCAUCGCGUGCGUUUGACGAGGAGGCGGACGAGGACAUCUUUGCGCUGGUCGCCGAGGACGAUCUGUUCUCGGAGGAAUCAUUCGACCGGUUGAUAAAGCUGAGCGAGGACGCAGCCACCGAAGAGGAGGAUUACAAUCAAGCACUAAGCCAGCAGCAACAGGAGCAAGAACAGGAGCAGGAGCGGGAGCAAGAUCAGCAGCAGGAACAGCAGCGGGAAACGAAAAGGGAAAGGGAACAGGAGCGAGAACGGGAAACGGUGCAGCAGGACGAAAGUCGUUUGGUCGAUGAGAGCGUGCUGCAUGCGCAACACAACGAGAACGAGAACAAGAAGCAGAAAGAGAAGGAGAGCUACAGCAGCAGCAGCAACAACAACAAGCGAGAAACAGGCGAGGAGCAGGAGCACCGAGCUAACGACGCCUAUGCGUCGCGUCUAAUCGGAUUAGGCCAAAGGGACGGCGGCACAAAUCCAACAACCGCAACAGAAACAACGAGUGGAGCGGCGGGUGAGAGCUCGGCAAACGGAGCGCCUGUAGAUCUACGUAGGUCCAUACUCGGCUCUGCAACAGCUCUAACACGCCUUAAUCCUUGGAUAUCAGCUUGUGAUCUGGCACAGCCGGGCUCAACCGGCACCGAUUUGCAGGGUCAGUGCUCGGCUGGCACACUGCCCAUGGCCUGGGUUGAUGAGGGACCUGGUCCGCCAAUCUGUCCGCGUUCCUGUGCCGAACAGCAGCCAAUGGAAAGCAGCAUCGAUAAUAAUAAACUCAAGUAUUUCAUAAAUGCAAAUACGAUUAACUAUAAGACGACGCAUAAUCGCAACAGCAACAGCAACAGCAACAACAACAACAAUAACUUAAAGGCCAUGUCUCGAGUGCGACGCGAUAGGCAAUGGGAUGAGAAUGUUGUUGUUGUUGACAGUGGCCCAACGGAGGCGGCAGCAACAACAACCACAACCGAGCAGGAGUUGGAUGAUGUGGAGCAGGAGCAGGAGCAGGAGGCGAGCAGCACGCCCAGCAGCAACAUUGAGGAUGAGGCGAUUAGACUGGAUGGGGAUCAGUCUACAUUGCUCUAUAGCCAACUUCAGACACACGAACAACUCAGCGUCAACGAACACCAACAACAACAACAACAACAACAACAACAGCAACAACAACAGUGCCUUGAUUACCUGGGCGAUGCAGCCGAGACGAGUCCACAGCAUCUGUGCGGCCUGCGCUCACCUGGUCAGCUGCUCGCCCGCCUGCGCACCCUUCGACUGCGCCAUUGCUGUGAACGUAGCGUGUUCAGUGCUCUUCACACAUUGGCUCUAAAUGUGACGCUCUCGGAUCGGGACGAGUGCAUUCGAUUGCUGAGCGAUCUGCUCGACGUGGAUGCGCUGGCCAAUCGCAUCACCUGCGAGCUGGCCGAGAUUCUGUUUCGCUUCGACUGCCGGCAGGUGUAUUCGCUGGUCAAUCAGUGCGAUGACUGCAAGGAAGCUUAUCGUCGCUGGGUCUGCAGCACGCUGGUGCCGUAUUUCGCUGAGCCGCAGGAUGUGGAUGCAGCGCCAAAGCCGACGUCGACGGCGACGCCGAUGCCAACGUCAGCGGCAAACGAUGAACUCGCCAUGCCGCGAGGGUCAGCUGCAAAGACAAUGCCCGCGGGCAAAAGUAAGCGUGCGGCACGAACUGUGAGCGCAGCAGCAGGAGGAGGAGGAGGAGGAGGAGGCGGAGCUGGAGGAGGAGCUGCCGCUGCUGCUGCCGCCGCUGCUGCUGUUGGUGGCACGGGCAAUGGCAUCAAGCAUAAAUCUCAGAAAUUAAUCAGCAAUAACAAUAAAUCAAAUAACGGCAAUAACAUGAACGAGCGUCAGAUUAAUCAACAGCAUGACGAGGACAAUGAGCCCCGCAUUGAGCCGCAAACAAAGCUCUCGACGUUCUACGAUGUCGUUGGCGUUGGCCAUGCCCAGACGCUAGCCCACGCCCAAGUUCCGGCCCCAGUUCACAGUCAGUUCCAGUUCCAGUUACACAACAACAACAGCAACAGCAACAGCAACAGCCAUAGCCGAGCUGCCACGGCUCAGCGCGAGGAGGAAGAAGAACAAUUCAAUAAUUUCAUAUCGACUGCCAAUAAUGCGGAUCCCAGUGCAGCGGAUCCAGUGAUAUCAAAACUACAAAAGAGAUCAACACGCAAGGCAGAGUUCCGCAAACGCCGUAGGAUUCGACCCUGCCUUAGCGUCUGCCAAACCGUCGAACAAAAGUGCCCCUAUCUGCUGCCCGCCGACCGCGCCCCCGCGCUCCCCACCCAAUAUGCCGGCGAGCCGACAUUCGUAUGCCUAGAUCAAAAUAUACCGGAGACUGGAGAACAGCUGAAGAAGUCGAGCUACGGCCCCAACGACUGCUGCUACAGCUACUGCAACGGACCCACUGAGGGCAUCUGCACCAUCUGCCCGGACUUUGCGCCCGCCUUCGGCUCCCCCCACGGCAACAGAAGCAGCAGCAGCAGCAACUCGAGCUCAAGCGGUCAUCGGGUGCACAACAUCACGUUGACGCUGAGCUCCCCGGCGGGGGAGCAUGCGCGUGCUGCGAGCGUCUCGCUGGCCUUGCGGAACAUCUCGCGGACGAAGGGGGAGCAGGGAGCUGGCUGGCUGCUGGAGCAGCUGCCGUAUUAUGUGAACUACGAGAGCGUCUACUACUAUGACGACGAUGACGAGGGCAGCGAGAUGCCGGAGCGAGCGCUGUCCGGCGGCUGUGCGGCGGUGCCGUCAGUGACAAGCCGCUGUGAUAUACCCUAUUAUGCAUCCGGUGUGGCGCCGACGCCGCCGACGCAGCUGCUUGUCUGGCUGAGCGCGCUGCUCGGUCUGUUGAGCAGCUGUGGCGCUGGGGCGGCGCGACAGCGUUGCAGUGGGCGUGCCCAGAGGGCGGCCGCGGCAGCGGCAACGGCAGCAACAGCGGUCGCAGUUGCGGAACGUGUGGACUCGUGUCCGGGCAGCUGCCAUGAGCUGUUAGCGAACAGUCCAAGUCCAAGUCCGAGUCCAAGUUCGAGAAAGCGAGACGGAAAUGGAGCCGGAAGCGGAAGAGGAAGGGGAAGGGGAAGAGGAAGGGGAAUCGGAGCCGGAAGUGCAAGCUUCACUGCCACACACAACAGACACAAAUGGGCGUGGCCAUGGGAAUGGGCAUGGGCAUGGUCGGGGGCAUGGGCAUGGGCAUGGUCAUGGCUGUGGGCAUGGUCAUGGCUAUGGUCAUGGCUAUCGAUGAAAUGCCGCCAAGUGCGUUAUCUACGCGUAUCGCGAGACCGUAGUCGUAUAAUUAACUAUAAACACAUACAGCUGCAGCUGCAGCCACAGAUACGAAACAGACGUUGCACGAGCGAUAGGAAUAGAUAUGAUAGAAAUUACCGUUACAUCUACUAUUACAACUACAACAUCAACGAUUGGUGGCGGAGAUGGAAGUGGUUAGGCAGCGAUGGUCGAACGGUGACCAUCAUCUCAAAGGGCGCCUUAUAGUGCACAGAGAAAUACUUACCCACACACACACACACACACACGUAUACACAGAGCAAAACACAUUGCGAAUUUUCACAGAGAUUUGCAGUUCAGCAAAAAUGAAGAAAAACAAAUGAAAAGAAACCCCCAAAGGAAAAAAAAAAAAAAAAAUGUCAUUAAUUGUAUUUCGUACUCUAGAAAAUUACUCGUAAUGCUAGCUAAUUAAAAAAAAAAAAAAAAAAUCAAGUUGAGUGUAAAAAAAAAAAAAAAAUAAGAAAAUAACAAAGAAAAUUUGCAGGUCGUUUCGCCUGCCAAUUUGUUUUGAAACGGAAAAUUCAAUGAGAGAAAAUGAUAAAUGGGCAAGGAAAUU